UCACGAACACUGAAGAGGGAAGAACUGUCCAUUCCUUCAGUUCGAGACUGUGUCGCAUUGCACAUGGGUGGUUUGCACAGCCUGACGCUUCCUCUUCCUAAGAUGCCCACAUUUCUCUUCAAGACCCUGGCAAAAUUCCUCCAACAGUUGACCGGUACUCGUCAGCCCCCUGUACGGCGACCGCAUUCUUGUACUCCGACGGCUACAGAAGGUGGUGGAGGAGGCGGUGGGGGAGAACAAGAUGCUGGAUUGCCAGAUGAUGUUCUCUUCAGCCCCCAGCCGGGCUCACUUGCCACCUCCCAACUCUUUGGCUCUACGUCUUCCAUUUGCUCGGUUCAUGAGACCCAACCGCAUCUUUUCAAAUUUGUCAAUGAUUGGCGGCUUGUGGAAGAGUUUGAAUGGCUUAGGACAACGUUCUUUGGAAAUAUGGAUCGCUUCCCAGUCAGAUUUUGCCACAAUGAUAUUCAAGAAAAUAAUCUCUUACUAUACAAAGACCCUUCCCAACGCGGUUGGUAUAGAAUUCUGACCAUCGACUAUGAAUAUAGUAGCUACAAUUUUCGGUGCAUUGAUGUGGGAAACUUUUUCAACGAAUGGACCUAUGAUAACACUUAUCCUCAUGCUCCAGGAUUUGCCUAUUAUCCCGAUGCUUAUCCCUCUCGAGAAGAACAGUUGGCUUUUUGGCGCAAAUACCUCACAGUCUACCAGUUCGCGGAAUGUGCAGGUCGAAUUCCAGGUACCUACAUCCAGCACAGUCGGAGAGUCCACUCGCAAAGUGUGUGCACCCAAUCAAAAAUGGAGAUUGUUAAAUUGCUGCGUUCUCCACCUUCGGCACCAAUCUUCAACGAGAACAGUGAAAUCGGUGACUGUGAUGCUUGUAAUACGACAACUAAUUACUGCGAUGAGGACCCCGCUUUGAGGUGCCUCUCUGACCUCGAAGAAGUCCGUGAACUUGAGGAGGUGACCUUGACCCCAGAACAAGAAGAGGCUCUUACUUUGGAGUCCACUUAUGGUGCCCUAUUCUCACAUAUCUGGUGGGCUGUUUGGGCCCUAAUUCAAGCACAAAUCUCCAGUUUCGAGUUUGGAUUUAUUGAAUACGCCGAAUCUAGGAUGACGGCUUACUAUAACCUAAAGAAGACUCUUCCAGCCUCAGAAUUUCCUAACCAUGAAAACCCAAGUCCAGACAUUCCAAGUCUUCGAAAAACCAGCGAGCAGUUAUUCACCAUGGAUCCAGUCUCUAGAGUCUACAAAAACGGUGAAAAUAAAAUGUCAUCUUCAAGUUUCUAUAUAGAAGAAGGCGAUGUUGAUUAA